AUGAUUUCAAAGAUUUUCUACAGAGGAUUAUAAGGCUUAGCCCAAAGAUCAUAAUUAAUGGGCUACCACUCUAAGUUCUUCUUAUCUGGCAAGAGAGAAACCGAAGAAUUGCCUUAUCUCGAAUUAACUAGAGAUUUCUUAGAUCCUAAGGAUUUCUACUAAUGCUUACAAAAGAACGGAGUUCACUUCUUCACAGGUGUUCCCGAUUCUCUCCUUAAGGAUUUCUGCGCUUACGUUUCAGAUCAUGCUGAUCCUAAGAACCACAUCAUUACUGCCAAUGAAGGAAGUGCUGUUGCUCUCGCUACCGGAUAUCACUUGGCCACUGGUAAAGUUCCCAUGGUCUACUUACAAAACUCUGGUUUGGGAAAUAUUGUUAAUCCUAUUAUGUCUUUGGCUCACAGAUAAGUUUAUGGUAUCCCCAUGAUCUUGUUAAUCGGUUGGAGAGGUGAACCUGGUAAGAAGGAUGAACCCCAACAUUUAGUCUAAGGUAAAACCAUGAAUGGUUUAAUCACCGAAAUGGGUAUCUAAUUCGAAGUCCUUCCUGAUUUCAUUGAAGGUGCUACCGAAGCUGUCGAAUCUGCUGUCCAAUCAGCCAAAAAGAGAAAAUCUCCUUUCGCUUUAGUAGUUAAAAGAUAAUGUUUCACUAACUACAAGUUGAAAAACUCUGUUACAAAUCCUUACCCUCUUAACAGAGAACAAGCCUUAAAUGCUAUUAUUCCUAUGCUCGGUUCUCAUGAUGUUAUUGUUGGAUCUACCGGUUUCCUCUCAAGAGAAUUGUAUGAAAUUAGAGAUUAAAACGGAUAAGGUCACGAAAGAGAUUUCUUGACUGUCGGUUCCAUGGGUCAUGCCGCCUCUAUCGCUUUAGGUAUUGCCAACUAAAAAAGCUCCAGAAAUGUAUGGUGCUUCGAUGGUGAUGGUGGUUUGAUUAUGCACUUAGGUUCCAUGACCACCGUAGGUUAAACUAAGCCCAACAAUUACAGACAUGUUCUUUUCAACAAUGAAGCUCACGAUUCCGUCGGUGCUCAACCUACUGCCGCUAAAUACGUAGACUUCUGUAAGUUGGCUUUAGCAUCUGGCUACAAGGUUGCCUACCAAGCCACUACUGAAGAAGAAAUCAAGGAAAAGCUUAAACUCGUCCAAAGUGCUGAAGGUCCUGCUUUCUUAGAAGUCAAGAUCAAGCCUGGUGCUAGAAAGAACCUUGGUAGACCCAAAACCUCAACUUAUGAAAAUAAAGAAUAAUUUAUGGAUUUCCUCUCUAUCUGA